CGUCUUCUUGGUGUUUCCUCAUGUCCUUUAGUUUGUCUAAUUUACACCUUGUCUUUUGGGUCUUCUCCGGAGCUGCAGUACGGAGACGGUGCCGUUAAAUGUCAUCUACAAUGGCUCGUCGAAAGCAGGCCCAACCACGAGCCAUCAAACGUCUCACCAGGAUAACCAGUGAAACUAAAAUUGCGAAUUGCAUAGAAACUUCCGAUCCUCCACAGAACUCGAUGAGCUCCCUCGUGCCUUCAGACCGAGACGAUGACGUAGCCUACACUGUUGGAAGAACGAACAGCACGUCGUACUGUUGCCACUAUUGUGAUAAGACUUUUCCACGUGUCAGUUUACUUAAAAGGCACGAGCAAAUACACAGCGGUAUAUUGCAGUUUAAGUGCGACUAUUGCCAACGCCUGUUCAAACACAAGCGGAGCCGCGAUCGGCACAUCAAGCUGCACACGGGUGACAAGCGGUACCGCUGUCAGCAUUGCGAGUCCGCUUUCUCCCGAAGUGACCACCUGAAGAUCCACAUGAAGACUCAUGACAACGCCAAACCUUUCCAGUGCACCGUCUGCAACCGUGGGUACAACACUGCAGCUGCCCUCACCUCGCACAUGCAAAGCCAUAAAAAGGAAAGAACCCCACCAGCAUCACUAGCCUUCCGUUGUUUGUUUUGCUCCAAGUCAUUCAGCUCAUCUCAAGAGCUAAAGAAUCACACUGAAUCUCACCGUGAAGAUCCGAACGACAUGAAUUAUUGCUGUGUAUUCUGUAGUUUAGUGUAUCCGUCCUUCGAUGCAUUAAAAGUACAUUUGGAACAGCACCACCGUACGGAGAAUCAGCACAAAUGUUCCCUCUGUCAAGAAACAUUCCAUAGCACUGAUGACUUGCUCGCACAUAAAAAGAGUCACGAGGAUAGAAGAAGGAAAACUCUCCAUGGCAAUUCCAAAGUUAAUUCGUUAUCUCCAAAAUUAGAAUGUGGAUUUUGCUCUAAAUCAAGUUUCUCUUCUCUGGAAGCCCUUCAACUUCAUGUUCAAGCUAUCCAUGUGCCCCCUAGUAGAGAUUUCUUUCAUUUCUCUCGAGUGGACGUUCUAGAACACAUCCAGCUUCAGAGUUUAGAUAGAAGGUUUAACUGCAAGUAUUGCCAUAUGAAAUUUAAUGAUCUGUACAAACUUCAGAAACAUUCGAUCGAUGCCCACACUACGAGUGCCUUUGACUUGGUUGCGCAGGAAAAUUUUUACUGCUCACAGUGCACCAUGAGAUUUUCCAAUGUAGCUCAGCUAACCGAACAUGUUAAAACUGUACAUGAAACUCCUGUGUUAACUUUGAACAUUUCUAAGUCCAAGAACAACGAAUAUCAGAAAGAUACAAACAGUAAAAUCCUUAAUCAUGGAUCUACUAACGCAGAAGGAAGAACAUACAAUCUUAGUUCAUUUUCACUACCUCUGCUGUGUGUUCAAUGUAACACCCCUUUUCCGGAUUUUGAAACUUUCCGAACGCACCAGGAAAAUCAUCAGAGUAGCGAAUAUCAGAUGUAUAAAUGCUCUGAAUGUCACAGCUCAUUUCUCACAGAAGAACAACUAGGAAAUCACGUGAUCAAUCAUUUCUUGGCUAAAACAACAGAGUAUGGUUGCCAGUGUUGUUUGAAACUAUUCUCAAAACCAGACGAACUUCAAAAGCACCUUCUUGAAAUCCAUGCUCUCCCCUUGUACCGAUGUUCACUGUGUAGAGAGUUGUUUGAUUCCAAGGUGAGUAUUCAGGCUCACUUUUCUGUGCAGCACAGUCACGAGAACAUUGCAUUAAAAUGCACCUCCUGUAACGCCGUAUUCUGCUCAGAGUUAGACUUCCAGUUCCACGUGAAGGUGGCACACUUGUUCCAGCUUCGCCAAUUCUAUUGCCUUUUAUGCAACCAGAGCUUUUCAACGGAAGUCCUGCUUGGGGAACAUUUGAACACGCACAAGAAGCAAUACCCCUGUGGCUUUUGCGGUGAGAAUUUCCAUGUAGAGUAUUUGUUAGAUAAACACGUCCAAACACGCCAUUUAAAAGACUCUGUGCCUUUGGUUAAUGUUACUAGUGACCAACCUAUCAGUUCUUCCUUGUGUGACCUACCAAGUGAUCACCCAACGAUCGUUAAGUAAAGAAACGAUAAAUGGUUGCCAUUACUCUUGACCACGACCAAGUUAAUAAUGAACUAACUGUGUCUAGCUCUAAUAUUCAUAAAACUGACAACAAAAGGACCGAUGACCCCAGAAAGCUUCAGUGUGAUGUUCGUAACGAAGACUUUCUCACGAAUUCUCAGCUCCAGACCCACAAUAUGAUAACAUCAGGUACCCAGAAAGUGGAGCUGAACCCCUUAGCUCCUUCUUGUGUGUAGUGUAAGGGUACUUUCCAAUCCCAAUCAGAGGUAUUAUGAAGACACACACUAAUACACAUUUGUAACACAAAACUUUGCUGACCAAACCCAAACUUGCACUUCGUACUGUGACCAAAAAGAAGACAAGCUUAGUACCUACAACGAAAAUUUGUUUCAGGUACAACUUGUAUAACUCAGUGAUCGCGUGAUAUUCAGAAAGAAAGAAAGAGUUAGGAUCCGAUAUCCAAUUUCACACUAGUUUGCACGCGAAUCCAGAGUAUCUCCUAAAUUCAUGCUACGUCUCCAAAACUCAUGCUAUGUCUGACAUCAAUAGUGGUGUAACAAAAGUAAAAAAAACUUCUGAACUAGAGUUAUCACACAACAGAAGACACCAGGCCACCUAGCACAUCUCCACUGAAAGCAACAAUAAGUCAUCUCAUUCUCGAAACUUGAAUUCCCAGUCGGCUACUAAGCAUAUAUACACUAAGAACAAUAAAGAAUCUAUUCUCUUCCAAAU